CAUAUUCUAUGCUAUGCAAAAAAUAAACAACCCUGUUAAUUCUAACCUAAAAAUCUGACAAGAUUUGAGAUUUGAACUCAUACAUAACUUAUAAAUAGAUAUAUAUUCAUCAAACAAAAUGGACAAAAUACUAUCAAAGAACAUCAAGACUGUUUCCAAAGCACUAUUAUAUGGAAAAUUUGCACCUCAAGAUUUGGUGAAAUCCACUUUAAAACAAAUAGAUAACACAAAAGAUUUCAAUGCAUUUAUAACUAUAACCGAUAAAAUAGCUAGAGAAUCUGCUGAGAAAUCAUCUAUUUUAUAUCAGAAUAAAAAAGCAAGAUCACAAUUGGAGGGAAUUCCUAUUGCCAUCAAAGAUAAUUUCUGCACCAAAGAUGUCAAAACAACAUGUGGUUCGAGAAUGUUAGAACAUUUUAUUCCGCCUUAUAAUGCUACUGUGUGUCAAAGAUUAUUCGAUGCUGGUGCAGUACUUGUUGGAAAAACUAAUUUGGAUGAAUUUGCCAUGGGAUCAGGAACAGUAGAUUCAAUAUUUGGUGUGACAAAAAAUUUAUGGGGUACUAGCUGCAACUCAACAGACUUUCAUAUAGCAGGAGGUAGUAGUGGUGGAAGUGCCGUAGCAGUUGCAUCAGGAAGCUGCUAUGGUGCUUUUGGAUCUGACACUGGUGGGUCAACACGAAACCCUGCUUCAUAUUGCGGAUUAGUAGGAUUAAAACCAACAUAUGGACUGAUUUCUAGAUUAGGGCUAAUUCCUUUGGUGAAUUCGAUGGAUGUCCCAGGAAUAUUAACAAGAACCGUUGAUGAUUGUGUGACUUUACUUAAUAUUACUGCUGGUCCAGAUCCCCAAGAUUCCACUUGUGUGUCAAAACCAUUUAAUAAAAUAAGAAUUCCACCUGCUGAGCAGCUAUCUAUCAAAAACUUGAAAAUUGGAGUACCUAAAGAAUACGCUUGUGAAUACCUGGAUGAUGAAGUCCUAGAAACCUGGAAGGAAGUUGCCUCACUCCUUGAGAAUGCAGGAGCAAUUGUUACAGAGGUUGAUAUGCCUCAUACUGAACUAAGCAUUGCAUGCUAUUCCAUCUUGAAUCAGUGUGAAGUAGCGAGCAAUAUGGCGAGAUAUGAUGGUGUUCAAUACGGUUAUCGAGAAAAUGAAGAAUCAUCUACUGAGAAAUUGUAUGCAAAAUCAAGAAGCACGGGUUUCAACUCUGUAGUUAAACAUAGAAUACUAACAGGAAAUUAUUUUCUUUUAACCAGAAACUAUGAGAAGUAUUUCAUGAAAGCUAUGAAGUUAAGAAGAUUGAUAGCAACAGAUUUUGACCAUGCUUUUGAGCAAGUUCAAAUGUUACUUACACCAACCACAUUGACCCCAGCACCUCUCUAUAGUGAUUUUAUAAAGAAAUCUAAUAGUGAACAAUGCAGUCAGCAAGACUACUGUACUCAACCAGCAAAUAUGGCGGGAAUACCAGCUGUAUCUAUACCAAUCAAAUUAUCUAGAAAAAAGCUUCCCAUUGGUCUACAAUUGUUAGGAAGAAAUUUCAGUGAACCGACAUUAUUAGCAUUAGGGAAAUUUAUUGAAAAUCAAGUGCUUUUUCCUCACUUCGUGGAGAAGAUAUGAGUGGUUUCUUGUACUCCAAAAACUUGUGCUCCCAAUGCAUGCCAACUAAAUCUAAUUAUAAAAGUUGAAUAUAAAUAUAUUCAUUUAAGUAUUCUCAUGCAUGAAAAAAGUACCGAUCGCAGGUAAAGAUAUUGUUUAUUAAUAAGUUUCUAAUAAAAUGUUGACAUGAAAUUAA